AUGAUAGUGGCAAAAUUAUCCAUGGUUUCAUUUUUCAAAACGCCUGCUCCGGAACGAUAUGUGGAGAAACAGAUAACGCUCGAAAGACGUACGGAGGUCCCGUUUGUUGCCGGCAGUUUGGAAGCUAGGUCUGCGGAGGACGCAGAAGGAAAGGAUGGAGCUGUGGGAGAAAAGGUACUCUGGUUGGAUGAGGGAAAAGCGUUGUUGAAAGAGGGAGGUUCGGGAUACCUUUUUUCAGGGCAGAUCGAAAUUCGUCGAGUUGACUGUGCGCCGAGUCAAGACGGGGUGCUCACCGAAGGCUUGGAAGUGGUCAUCAAGAAGUACACCGGAGAGUGGGUGGGAACGAUAGUGUACGACUAUGUGUACUGUGGCGGGAAGAAGUGCUACGACAUGGCGCACCGGAAGCUGGUGAAGACCGUGCACCACCUCGAGGACGAGCAGUACCACGUCUAUGUGAACUACGAGGCAGACCGUAAGAUCGUGCUUCGGAUGGAGGUGUGCCCGGGGGACGAGGAGGUGUUGCAGCGGUGCUUGCAGGAUUACGAGGCGGAAGUUGUGUUCACGCCGUGUAAGGGAUAG